AUGGCCGACCAAAUAGGCUUCAGCUUCCAAGCCGAUGUCGUAAAUACGGCCUCCCUGGGACAUGUCUUGACCGGGCGACUGCUCAAGGCCCUCAGCGAUGGCGGCGUCGACACGUAUGCCAUGUGGGCUGCUGUUCAGCUAGGCAAACGCAUACCUGUUCAGUCUUCUCACCAGAACUCGUUGCACGCUCACAUCAUGUCGAAAAAGACGUAUCAAUCGGUUCUUUCGAAAGCACUCAGCAUCGGACGGGGUCACUCAGCGCCAGUAGCGGAUCUGGCCCGGACAGUGGCUGGGACGAACGCUAUUGUUUUCAUCGGCGCCCUUGCGACAGGAUGUCAGGCAUUCGCUGCUGCCCAGUGUUUAUCCGAGGUUCUGAUCAUACACGGACUCGAGGCCGAUGCGCUGCCGAGUGUCGAUGUGCUCAAGGGCUUGGUCAAUUAUUUGGCUCCAUACACGCAGGACCUCGGCUUCUCGAAGGUUCUCCAUCACAUCACAAAUCUUGCAGAACGAGUCAUCCGGUACGAAGGCAAAGAUAACAGAAUGGGCGAUGACAAAAGGAAUGCUCGUCUUCUUACGCAAUUGAAAGAUUUGGGAGGCGCGGCUGCUCUAGCCGGAGCCAUCAAACAGCUCGUUUACUCGGCUCGGAUGGGCCAAAGAGAUUACAUGGCACUCAAAAUGCGUGGAUCAUGGCUCCCGGCCUUCGCGAGUCACAUCCUUGGCAUGUCUGUCGAAGUUCGCUUCAACCGAACAACUAUCUGGGCCAGCGGAGGCGAUCAUGGGCAUUGUCUAUUCCAACUUGGUGAUGAGCCCGCCGUUCACCCCGCUCUCCAUCCGUUUUCACAGGCUGAUGGGGUAGUUGCACGUAUAAAGGAAGACAAUCAUGAAGGAGAAAGCGACGCAUCAUCUUUGAUUGUUGAUUAUCUGAUCGGAGAAGCUCUCGAGGCGCAGUUCCUCAAAAGGCCUGAGAUUGAUGCCGACAUCGCUGCAUCCAUUAGAGUUGGGAUAAAAUGCCUCUCCUUCAAUCUCUUGAAGAAAAUGGUGCUUCAUCAUCCUCAUAAUUACGCUCAUUGUAAUGGCGGUCUCCUCAAUGGUGAGAGGGCUUUAGAGGACGCGCUGAUUUCAAUGGGUAUCGACGCCAACUCUAGCCAACAAGUUGCUCCGGGCCAGGAAUGGUACCUUGGACAACCUCCGGUAACUGUUGGGAGGCUGAUUCACUGCUCUGCAACCACGGCCCUCGCACUGAUGUUCUGCAAUUUCGACGCCGCCGAAGUAAGAGUACAGGAGAAAGUUCUUGCGGGAGAUGUGAUGACGCGAUGGAGCCAGAACCUCGUCAUGGGACAUAAUGCCGGGGAAGCGCACAGGGGUGGACAGGAGCACAUGGAAACAAAGCUAGGUGUCAAGCAUCGAGACGUGUUAUAUCAUCUCGGGGAACUGAUUUGCUGUGACUACGCGCUUCACUGGCUGGACAAAGCUAACGAAUCUCCAAAAGUCGGUGUAGACAACGCAGUUUUGGGGAUUUCGGGAAGAGCCUUCACCAUUAAUUACAAAUGUGUCAUGGAAAAUGAGUGUUUCGACCAUUGCGGCAGAAUCAUUCGCAUUCAGUCCGGCCGGGCAUCAGUGGCCGGAAAUUUUCGUAACGUUGUCGUGGAAGAGUUGCCCCGUGGUCCAAACACAACUUUGAAUCGUGUUAAUGAGACCGCGGAGGUUGUCGCCUUGGCGGGAAGAACCAUGUUGAAACCCGGUCACAGACCAUCGGAAACUGAGAUCACUAUGGAUGCCUUCACACAGGAACAUGUCAUCUUCGUACAACUAAAAUUAAGGGGAAAGACGUCAAGGCCAGUGGCAGCAUCCUUUACACUUUGCGUGUAUCAGCUCAUAUCCUGUUGGGCCGUUCCAAAGUGCAAUCAUGAGGAAGACAAGCCGUAUAUGGUAGAAAAUGACCAAGAUGUGGCCGUGAGUGGCUUUCAUGUGGCUUCUUUACGCCGCCGAGACGCUGCAGAGGUGUUGGUGUACGCUUCACAUGGGAACAAACUUGAACAGCUCCUCGUUUGUGGUCUGAUGCUACAUGAGGUGUCUAGGUGGGCAGACAGGCCGUGUGGGUUUCACAAAACCACCGAACCUGCAGUUCUUCAAGCUUCAGCUUGUCUAAGGUGCUGCAUUCGCUUGGCUCGGCAACCCGGUUAUCUUCCAUGUGUUGUGAUGGGCGGAUGA